ACGUCACCUGAAAAAAGGACAGACACGCUUAUCCAAGUGAAAAGAUCUUGACUGACAUUUUUUGGAGCAUUUUGAACGCCUCCUAAUAUUUAAACACUGUAACGUUUGAGCAUAAGCCGUAGUAGACCAGUCCAUGAAUUGAACAGCUGGAAUCUGACGCAGCUGCACCAGGUUGCGAAAAAAAGCGACCAGAAACGUUUUUGUUUUGUUUUUUUCUGACAGCUCAUAUAUGGAGGCUGUUUUUGGUCGUAAACCGGAGGACCUGGAGGAUUACUACGGGUUGUUAGGAUGUGAUGAACUGUCGUCGACGGAGCAGAUUCUCAAUGAGUACAGGAUCAGAGCCUUGGCGUGUCACCCAGAUAAACACCCGGACAACCCAGCAGCAGUGGCUGAUUUCCAGAAGCUCCACGAAGCCAAAGAGGUUUUAUGCGAUGAAGCCAAAAGGAAGAACUACGACCUCUGGAAGCGAAGUGGGGUUGCUAUAUCCUUCCACGAAUGGCAGGCCCUGAACGAUUCGGUUAAAAGUUCAAUGCACUGGGCCGUCAGGACCAAGAAGGAACCGAUGCUGGAGGCCUGCAAACCAGAGGACCCAUUCGCUUCCCAGGCAGAGGACCGUCCCUGCAAGGAGGCAUCGGAGAUCCCCUCAAAUGACGCAUCUUCAUGCGAUUACCACCAUCAACGUUUCCGUUGGGCUGCCGACUCGCCAUCCUGUCUGCUGCAGAAGUUCAGAAACUACGAAAUAUGAAAUUCUUCAGCCUUAAAGUCCUGCUGUCCUGAAGUAUAACGUAGCUUCAUGCUCUUUUAUGGUGUGUGUGGGUAAAUUUUGCCUUGUGUGACUCGUGAAUGUUUCUGUUGCAGAUGUAGGAGUUUGUGUUUUAAUAAAGAUAAAUCUGUUAUAUUUUGCAUAUUUUAUGUGAUUGAAGUCAAAGUGUAAAGUAAUUGUGCAUCGUCCAGAGACACGCUCUUCCCCAAGACUCCUGACGCUGUGACGUGCGUCUCUGUGCGGCUGCUGUAAACCGAACCACGUUGUCUCCAAUGUUGUGAUGAGAUUUGUUGUUUGUUAUCUUGAGCUGCUACACAACGAGUCAUGGUAAUUGUUUAAAGGGGAACAUUCUGUUUCAGCCGGUCAUGAUGCUUGCUUCCUGAACAUGUAUCUUUUUAUUAUCCCCAAUAUUAGCUUUUUUUUUGUGCAAGUUUGGAUAUUACUGCCUUAAAUGUAAUAAAUUUGGUAGAUUG